CGGGGCCGCAGCCAUGGCGGCGCCGAGCGGCUCGCUGGUGGCAGCCGUGCUGGCCCACUCGGGCCGCCUCGACAAGGAGGACCUGGGCACCCGCAUCGGCAGGCUGUCGCGCCGCGUGGAGGACCUGAAGGGGGAAGUCUGCAACAUGAUCAACAAGAAGUACAACGAGUUCCUGCCCAGCAUGCAGAGCGCCGAGGAGCUGGUGGCGCGGGUGGAGGGGCUGAGCAGCAGCAUCGAGCUGCUGAAAGCAGGCAUCGAGAACGAGGUGCAACGAGAUCUCACCGUCGCUGUGGCUGAGUUCACUGAGCUGAAGCAGCAGCUGGAGAGAGACAGCCUGGUGCUGAGUGUCCUGAGGAAGCUGCAGGAGUUUGAUGCAGCUAUUAAGGAGUACAACACUGCCUUGCUGGAGAAGAAGUAUGUGGUGGCAGCUCAGCAGCUGCAGAAGGCCAGGAGCAGCCUGAAGGCGCUGGAGUCCCGCAGGGGCUUUGAGCUGAAGAUCCUGAAAGCCCUCAGCACAGAGCUGACAGUGCAGACCCAGAACAUGCUCUACCACCUGGGAGAAGAGUGGCAGAAGCUGGCUGUGUGGAAGCUUCCUCCUUCUAAAGGUGCUGAGAGCUAGAGCGGCCUGGAGGCAGCGGCGCGCUCGGAGCUGCACCUCCGCACGGUGCCACCCCAGGAGGAGGAGGUCUCUGGCCCACCCCUGGCUUCUGUGCUGCAGGCAUUUGCUCUCCUGGGGGAGCUGCAGGCCAAGCUGAAAACAUUUGGCCAGCUGCUGCUGAAGCACAUCCUGAAGCCUCUGGUCUCCUACCCUUCUCUCCAGCCCCUCACAGAGGAGCACUCAGAUGUCUUCAUCCUCCGUUUCAGCCCCCAGGAGCCUGCCUUGGAUCCUUGCUCCCCUGUGGAGGUCUUUGAGAAGAUCAAACUUGUCUUUGAAGUGCUCCACAAGUACCUGCUGAAUGUGCCCCUGGAGCAGCCUGUGGGGCAGGCAGAGGAGGGCAGGCUGAGCCUGGCAGAGCUGCUGGGGGAGCUGAUCUGGGAGGAGCUGUCAGACUGCCUCAUUCACAACUGCCUGGUGGAUUCCAUCCCAGCCAACAGCAGUGAGCUGGAGCACUACAUAGAGGUGAUUCAAGCCACAGAGGACUUUGAGAAGGCCUUGAAGGAGAUGAAGUUUUUGAAGGGGGACAUGACAGACCUCCUGAGAUAUGCCAGGAAUGUCAACUCCCACUUUGCCAACAGGAAGUGCCAGGAGGUGAUCGUGGCAGCCCGCGGCCUGAUGACCUCCGAGAUACACAACACUGUCAAGAUCAGCCCUGAGUCCGGCAUGGCCUUACCCAAGCUUCCUGAGCCGAGGGCAGGAGCUCACCUCAGCCCCCCAAAGGCUGCUGGGGCUCCUCCUGCUGCUGUGGGGAGCCUGAGGGCCGAGGGCAGGCUGAGCCAGCACACCUUCGCCCUGCCCGCCUGCCGCGUCAGCGCCUCGGUGCAGCAGCUGAUGGAGCUGGCCUACCACACCCUGCUGGAGGCCACAGCCAGCACAGACCAGUGCUGUGUGCAGCUCUUCUACUCUGUGAGGAACAUCUUCCAGCUCUUCUAUGAUGUGGUGCCCACCUACCACAGGGAGAGCCUGCAGAAGUUCCCCCAGCUGGCAGCCAUCCACCACAACAACUGCAUGUACCUGGCUCACCACCUGCUCACCCUGGGCCACCAGUUCAGCUACCACCUCACCAACGUCCUCUGUGAUGGAGCAGCCACCUUUGUGGACCUGGUGCCUGGCUUCAGGAGGCUUGGCAUGGAGUGCUUCCUGGCCCAGAUGAGGGUGCAGAAGGGAGAAAUCCUGGAGAGGCUCUCCAGUGCCAGGAACUUUUCCAACCUGGAUGAUGAGGACAACUUCUGUGCAGCCAACAAAGCAGUGAGGCAGGUCCUGCACCAGCUGAAGAGGCUGGGGAAGGUCUGGCAGGAUGUGCUGCCAGUCAAUGUCUACUGCAAGGCCAUGGGGACCCUGCUCAACACAGCUCUCUCAGAGAUGGUCACCAGGAUUGCUGCCCUGGAGGACAUCUCUGCAGAGGAUGCAGACAGGCUCCACUCCCUCUGCAGAACCAUGCUGGAGGAGGGGCCCCAGGUCUUCACCCCCCUGCCUGAGGAGGAGAGCAACAGGAGGUACCAGGAGGAGGUGCCAGUCUAUGUGCAGAGCUGGAUGACCUUCAAGGAGCUGAUGCUGCUCCUCCAGGCCAACCUGCAGGAGAUAGUAGAUCAGUGGGCAGAUGGCAAAGGGCCUCUGGCAGCUGAGUUCUCUGCAGCUGAGGUGAAGAGCCUGAUCAGAGCCCUGUUCCAGAACACAGAGAGGAGAGCAGCAGCCCUGGCCAGGAUCAAGUAGCUCUGCCUGCUCCUGCUGGGGCAGGGGGGAAGCUGAGCUCCCUGCAGCUAGUUCUUUGGACCUGACCCUUCUGAGCUGUCCUGAGGGCAGUGCCUCCUGGCAGGGGGAACCUUCCCCUAGCUGCCUGAGCACAGGGCUGGCUCUGGGAGCUUGGGGCCAGAGCCCCCAGGG